UCUCAGCUACCGUAGUUUUUCUUUUCACGUGCGUGUCCGGUUGUCAUGGCGGCGUCUGGGAAGUCAGUGCUAUUAGGGCUUCGGGACGUAGCAGUGCAAGGCACUUCCACGGGGCCGGGCUCCUGGACUGCUAGCAAGUUGGGUGGCGUUCCGGACGUCCUGCCCGCCUUAGCAGCGCCGAGGCCGGAGUGUGAACGCUGCAGGCAGCCACUCGUCCUGGUCGUGCAGGUGUACUGCCCCCUGGAAGGCUCCCCCUUUCAUCGUCAACUGCAUGUGUUCGCUUGCGCCCGCCCUAGGUGCGGCGACUGCGGGGCGCGCAGUUGGAAGGUGUUCCGCUCCCAGUGUCUGGAGGUGCGAGAGAAAGAGACGCAGGACGCUCAGGAAAAUGACCUUGCCGCUGAGAACUGGUGCGAAGGUGCAGAUGACUGGGGAAGUGACAGUGAGGAGGUGCCUCCACCACAGCUUACCUUAGGUUUUGGAAAUGAUUCUAACAGUGCCAAAGAUGUAGACUGGACUGCCCAGCUCCAAGACCUCUGUCUGCAGGACACCCUCCUGCCUGCUGCUCACUCUGCACCUCCAGGGGAAGGGAUGGCCAUUUCUCCUACGGUGCUGCAGUUCCUGCCCUACUACAUCUGUGUCGUAGAUGAGGAUGACUACAGAGACUUUGCUAGUCUAGAUCAUGCCCAUAGCCUUCUGAAGGACUACCAGCAAAGGGAAGGAGUUGAUAUGGAGCAGUUGCUUUCCCAGAGUUUUUCUAAUGGUGAUGAAAAAUAUGAGAAGACCAAAAUUAAAAGUGGAGAUCAAAUGUUUUACAAAUUCAUGAAGAGAAUUGCUGUUUGUCAGGAGCAGAUUUUAAGGUAUUCGUGGAGUGGAGAACCACUCUUUUUGACACACCCCAUCCUGGAAGUCUCUGAAGUUCCAGCCUGCAAUUACUGUGGAGGCCAAAGGACGUUUGAGUUUCAGCUUAUGCCAGCACUGGUCAGCAUGCUCAGAAAUGCUAAUUCAGAUCUUUUGGUAGAAUUUGGAACAGUUCUAGUUUACACAUGUGAGAAGAGUUGCUGGCCUCAGAAUCAUCAGACUCCCAUGGAAGAAUAUUGCAUUACACAAGAAGAUCCAGAUGAGUUACUAUUUAAGUAGAGCAUUCCCUUUUAUUUAUACAAAUUAAAACAAAUUUUAAUGUACAA